AUGGUCCAUGCCAACUAUGUCAUCGCCAUCAUUGUCAUUCUCCAUAUAACAAUCGGUGUCCUCCUCGGCAUCUGUAUUUGCUACAUCAGGCGCCGCAUCUCACCGCCGGACACCACCAUCUCUACUGACGACACCUCAUCAACAUCCACCUCCUACAUCACCAAAGUCCCAGCGCGAACGCCAGCGCCAGCUCCGCCUCCGCCUCCUCCUCCGCCUCCGCCUACAACUCCGCCUACAACUCCGCCUACAACUCCCCCGCCGCCGUGGCCACCCGACGACGGCGCCUUUAAUCUACUACCCCCUCGAAGCGGAUCCUUUAACUUUCCGCGUCGAACGGACGGCGGAGCAAGUGCACAUCGCAAAAUGGCACGAUGA